UUCAUGGUGUAAACUUUCUGGCUCUUUCCUGUACACCCGGGGCUACACCCCUGGCAUAUUACCAACACCAGUGUCGUUAUUUAGCCAUCAAACAAGUGUUUGCAGUUCUGUUUUUUUGCUGCUAGAGUUAAACUGGGCAAAUGUGGUUCCCUCACCCCCAUGCCUACCCCAAGCUCAGACCUCUCUCCGUUAGCAGGUUUUUAAAAAAACAAAAAACAAAAAAACAAAAAAAAACCCGUGGACUGCUACUAGUUAACUUGUAUAGAUUAGAUUUCAGAAGAAAACCCGUUCUCUCUCUCAUCAGGCGAGAGAGCUCCAGGGCAAGGGAGGGGAGCAGCACCUCCCUAGGAAGACCCCUGAGGGCUCCUCCUGUCGCUCCCCUUGGGUUUCCAAUUUCAAUUUUUAGUGAUCUCCAGCAGCAGGUGCUGGUUUCUAACCCAGCCUCCCUCCAGCAGGAGGAGGCGGCGGCGGCGGCGGCUUGCUUGGUGCUGCCGGAGGAGAGGAGCGCUGAGCACAGGCUUCCCCUUUCAGCGCGUCUGUCUCCCAAGCAGCUCCUGCCGUGAACAGGGAUGGAGGAAGCGAAAUGCAGCAGCCCCGGCGAUGCUAGGGGGGAAGCAGGCGUCUCGCCCCAGGGUUAAGUGAAGUCGGCUCCCCCAGCCAGCACCGCAGGGAGCCGAGCCAAGGGGCCCCGAGGCGGCGGCUCGGGACAUGCUGCUGCUGCAAGGAGCCUGCGAGCCUUGGCUGCCGGUGGCUCCGCGAGGUCGCGUUGGUGAGAUCACCGGGCUAGCGGCGCGCCGAGCGGCCGACUUGGACGCCGGGCGGCUGCCGCUGUGAGGCGCGGCGGACGCUCAGUGGUUUCAUGCGAGGAAUACGGGACACUUUAUAUUCAGGAAUACAGGAAAAACAGCAAAGUGGAGUCGAGUACAUGCAGCAGCUUCAUGGGCGUGAAGGAUCAUCUGGGGCAUGACCUAGGCCAUCUUUAUGUGGAGCGAACUGACACACAAAUAAAUGCAGUUGGAUCUUGGUCAAUGGUGGAGAAACCAACAAUGGAUAAAGUUAACUCUAGGAAGGAAGAUGCAGAUAAGGAGGCAUCUGAGGAGACGGGAAGCUCCAGCUGUGAUUCAGAAGAAAGCACAAAUUCUGAUAAUGAGUCAGAGAGACUGAAUAACAUUACAGCAGAAUCACAUCUACAACCUAAGACUCACCGACAACUGUGCAGGUCUCCCUGCUUACAGCCCCACGUACAAAAACGUUAUGAAAUCUUACAAGACCUUAAAAUAGAGGAGGCUCAGAUAGUAUCUAAGGAAGUAAAGAAGCCCCCUGAUGUGGUAAAGGAAUAUCAAACCAAACUGGAGUUUGCACUUAAGUUAGGUUACUCUGAAGAACAAGUUCAGCUUGUGCUAAAUAAGCUUGGCACUGAUGCUUUAAUCAACGAUAUUUUGGGAGAACUUGUCAAACUUGGAAAUAAAACUGAGACUGACCAGCCUGUAAAUAAUGUUAACACGAACAUAAUGCGUGAAGCAUCUUCUAUAGAGUCUCAGAGAUCUGAGUCUCCACUUCAGGAGGAUGUGACUGAAGAUGGAGAUAACCUGAGGCCAAUAGUUAUUGAUGGCAGCAAUGUGGCAAUGAGCCAUGGGAACAAAGAAGUAUUUUCUUGUAGAGGAAUAAAAUUGGCAGUAGACUGGUUUUUGGAAAGAUGCCACAAAGAUGUUACAGUGUUUGUGCCAGCAUGGAGAAAAGAACAGUCAAGACCUGAUGCUCUUAUCACAGAUCAAGAAAUCCUGCGCAAGUUAGAAAAAGAAAAAAUUCUGGUGUUUACGCCAUCCCGUCGUGUGCAGGGGAGAAGGGUGGUAUGCUAUGAUGACAGAUUCAUAGUGAAGCUGGCCUUUGAGUCAGAUGGUAUCAUUGUGUCUAAUGAUAACUACAGGGAUCUAGCUAAUGAAAAGCCAGAAUGGAAGAAGUUCAUAGAUGAGCGAUUGUUGAUGUAUUCAUUUGUCAAUGACAAGUUCAUGCCUCCUGAUGAUCCUCUUGGCCGUCAUGGCCCAAGCCUUGACAAUUUUCUAAGGAAGAAACCUAUUGUACCGGAACAUAAGAAGCAACCAUGUCCAUAUGGAAAGAAAUGUACCUAUGGACACAAAUGCAAAUACUACCACCCAGAAAGAGGAAAUCAACCUCAGCGGUCUGUAGCUGAUGAACUUCGAGCCAUGUCUAGAAGCACAGCUGCCAAAGCUGCAAGUGAAGGAGGAGGACUGGUAAAAAGCAACAGUGUUCCUUGUAGCACUAAGAUUGAUGGCACUUCUGAUCUCAAACGUGCUGCUCCAAAGAGGCAAUCAGAUCCUAGUAUAAGGACUCAAGUCUACCAAGACUUGGAGGAAAAGCUUCCCACCAAAAAUAAAUUGGAAACCAGGUCUGUUCCUUCUUUAGUUAGUAUACCGAAUUCUUCAGUUGUAAAACCCCAAAGUACUGCACCUUUAAGCAACGGCCUUCCAUCCGGGGUUCAUUUCCCAUCUCAGGAUCAAAGACCACAGGGACAAUAUCCUCCAAUGAUGAUGGCAACCAAAAAUCAUGGGACGCCAAUGCCUUAUGACCAGUACCCAAAAUGUGAGUCUCCUGUGGACGUAGGCUACUACUCUAUGCUGAACGCUUAUUCAAAUCUAAGUAUCUCUGGUCCACGCAGUCCUGAAAGGCGUUUCUCCUUAGACACAGAUUAUAGGAUUAGCUCUGUAGCUUCUGAUUGUAGCAGUGAAGGUAGUAUGAGCUGUGGUAGUAGCGAUUCCUAUGUGGGUUACAAUGAUCGGUCUUACAUGAGUUCACCUGACCCACAAUUAGAAGAGAACUUAAAGUGCCAACACGUGCACCCACAUAGCCGCCUUAAUUCACAGCCCUUCCUGCAGAGUUACCAUGAUCCUUUAACAAGAGUGCAAAGUUACAGUCAUGAAGAACCAAAGCAUCAUCACAAACCUCCUACUCCAUACAUGUCUGUACAUCUACAGCAUCCUACAAUUGGUGCUCGUUCUAGUUGCCCUAAUGAUUACUCUGCUCUUCAAAGUUUGCAACAUUCAAAGACCAUGCAUCUGGGGAGGGCACUUGUAUCCACAAGAAUAGAUAGCGUUUCAGACUCACGUUUAUAUGAUAAUUCUCCAUUAAGACAAAGAAAGCCUUAUUCCAGCCAAGAUGGGCUUGGAAGUUGGGAUAGGCAGAGUUAUGGGAUUGAUGCAUACGGCUAUCGUCAGACUUACUCCUUGCCUAGUAACCCCACUCAGCCAUGUUACGAGCAGUUUGCCUUCCAAAGUUUACCUGAGCAGCAAGACCAGACUUGGUGCAUACCUUACUGUGGAAUCCCUCAAGACCCUCCAAGGUAUCAGGACACACGGGAGAAGGUUUAUAUAAACUUAUGCAACAUCUUCCCUCCUGAUCUUGUGAGAAUUGUUAUGAAAAGGAAUCCUCACAUGACAGAUGCUCAGCAACUUGCUGCAGCCAUUUUAGUGGAAAAAUCCCAGCUAGGUUAUUGAAAGAUGAUGAUGCAUCUUUGUGGUGUCUAGUAGUUUUCAGUUCAGCUCUAAUGCUGAGGGAGGUUUGCUACAAUAGCAUAUGUGAUCUCCUUCUCAGCAAGGAGGUUAUAUAGUAAUCCAUUUAUGUGAAAAUACAGUAUCAUGGAAUCUGUAUGUUUAGCCCCAUGCAUUGGAAGUAACAGGUUUGUUUUACAUUCUAACUUGAAAUUUUUAAAUGGUUUUAAGCUAUGUUCAUGACUGAAAUCUUUCCAGUCUAAGUUUAAUAUAUGUGUGUGUAUGUUCUCUGUGGUCUCCGGUAAUAAUCUUUGGUGCAUCAGGGGUUUAUAUGCAGCACUUUCUAUCUUUUUGUUACAUGUUUUGUUAACUUACUGGAUGUAUGUCCUUCAGCUGCGAGGCAUUAAAAGAAUCUGCAGAAAGUUGAAAGAAUUUUAAUAGACCUGGCAAACCGUUUUCAAGCCAAGCUUAAUUUGAACUUUUAACAGCAAUUAAUUUAUUAUUUAUUUAUUUUGUGGGCUUCUUUGUGCUAUAAUCAUUUAUUUAUAGAAAACAAAGAUUUACUAUGGCACUGACUUUAUUUUUUAAAUAAAAUAUUAAGUUACCAGUUAAAGUUGAAAUGGGUAACGAUAUAUUAGUAAUUUACAGUAUGGCACUUUUCAUUGCUCUUUUAAGAAUAGUUUUUAAUGAUUUGAUUCAGUUGGUUUAGUAAGAGCAGAUGCAAUCAAAAGUAAAGGAACUCAUUUCCAUUACUUUUUGGAUAAGGCAAAGCCUGGUGGUCUGAUUUGCAAAGAUGCUGAGCAUAUGCAACUCCCUUUGAACCCAGUAAAAGCUGCAGCUGCUCAGAACUGCCUAAAAUCAGGCCAUGAAUGUUUCAGUUCAGAUACGUUCUUAUCCAGCUCUUGUGUGCUUCUGGUCAGUAGAAAUGGAACUGAAAGUUUAGGAUUCCAUGAAAUUGUUUUAUAUGCAUCUCUCUUUUUUUAUUAUUUGUAUUUGUGCACAGGUAUACUGGAUAAAAUAUGCUUUUUCAUAAAAUAUUUACCUGUUUUUUAAAUGAAUCUAAGUAUUCUCAAUGCAAGUUUUGUAUUUAAGAUACUGUUCAAUUUUCUUGCUAUUUAUCAAGGCUGGCCUGAGAAGGUUGUGUGUGUUGAGGAUAUGCAACAUUUAUUAACUGCACUAUGGUAAUGGUAUUAUAGCUGAAAAUGAUAAUUUAAACCUUUUUGUAAGAUACUGUAUAUGUUCCAGAAGUUAGUUUUUUGGCCUGUUGUAUUAUGGAGGCCUAAUUCUUGCCACAAAUAGUAUAGCUGUAGAAACAGAUUAAAAUAGUCUGUUCUAGUAUUAGUAAGGGAUAUUUCUGGUUUUAAGUCAUGGGUUUUACUAUUGCUUCAAACUUUUUUUAUACAAGGUUUGCAAUCAUUGACAGAGGGCUGUAUUUACAUGAUGUAGUCAGUUGCGUAUAGUUUUAGGAUUCCAUAGAGAGUAACAUUGUUCAAUGUUAGUUCACUGAUUUACAAUAUAAUUGAGGAUCAUUUUGAUACACUUGCUGCAAUUUAAAGUAAGGCCCCCGAAGAACCAGAAAGUACCUAUACUGUUGAUACAAAUUGUAUCUUUUUAACUGAGAACUAUUUUGAUUUGUAGAUCUAGUUAAAACACAAAUGUGUAACUAUAAUUAGAAUUUUGGGCAACAUUUUAUCCCUUAUUUAAAACAAUAGAUUUCAAUCUAGAAUAGGAGUUAGACAAAUAAAAAUACAGUAAUUUAUUUAGAGAAGUGUCUCAAUUUUAUAUUUUUAUAAUUUUGUUUUUAAAAAAGCUAUUGGCAUUUUCUUUCUUCUAAAACAUACCUAGUGUGAACUUACUGAAAUAAAGGUAAAAUGCUGCCUGAAAAUAAUGUCCAAGCACCUUUUGAAUAGGAAAACAUUUUCACUACUUGUGUGACACUGUGUGUUGCAAGAAGUAGGAUUAGGGUAUACAGUAAAUGCUUCUAAAAAGCAUUGAGCUUAUAGACGUAUUCAAUAAUCUGAACCAUGUUCAGCAAACUUAAUUCAGGAAGUGUUCUUCUCUACAGCUUUUACUGUUGAUUUUUUGAGGUGGGAUCUGCAUUCAUGUGUCCCUUGUAACUCAAUGCAGGUGGUGCUGUACAUAAGCUAUCCUGAGUUGUUUAGGGGGAGAACCUGUUCACCUGUGACAGUAUUUUUCCCCUUGGUUUUGUUGGUCACUAUCUGUAGAACAUGUUUUAAUGUAGAGGCUAGUAAAGAGCUGACACUGAGGUUAUAAACAGUGAGUCUUGUCUUAGUUGUACACUAAGAUUUUUUUAAAUCAAAUUACACUUUUAAGUAGUACACCAUAGUGUAGGUGCAUCCGUUUUAAUAAUGAUUAUACUAGUGUUUUGUCUUCAAUGCAUUUCUACGUUUAUAUUUGUAUGUAUGAAUUAACUUCUACCAAAAGCUGAAUUCCUUUAAGCAUUUGAAGAGAUGUGUCUGUAAUAGAUACAUUUCAUUUUUUUAUUUUUUCAGUCAGAAUGUCUCCUAAUAUAUGUAGCAAUUUGACGUAUAAUAUUAAAUCAUUGGUCUUGGCCACAUUAUUAAAAUGGUGAGAGGAGUAACAUGGCACUGUAUGCUGCAGUGCACAGAUAAGAGCUAUCAGCACUGGAUGUUUCCUUGUAUAUUUAAUACAGUAUUGAAUCAUUUUAAAGCAAGUUGAUUGCUAGAAGCAUUCUUACACCAGGUCAAAUUGUGCUUUGUCCUAAAGCACUAAAAUUGCUUUACAAAAUGUAAGAACAGGAGUUAUUUGGCAGCUUUUAAUAUUGUGCAGUGAUAUGCUAGUUAAAUUCAAGCUUUGUUAUACUGUGCGAAGGAAAUUUACUGCUGACAAAAUAUUGCCCGUUGGUAUUUCUCUCCUUGUGAGUAAUAAAAGCAAAUGAGCAAUACCUUCCAUGAGCUCAUCAUCCUGGAAGAGUUCACUCUAGAUAUUUAGAGAGAUGACACACCAGUAUGUAUAGGACAGUGAUAAUACUGGUGAAACUUUACCUUUGAUUUAUGUUAAAUGCAUUGAUGCAAAUAGUGUAACUGUAAAAUAAGGUGUGAUUUAUAUAUAUUUAAGAAGUCAAACUGGGCUAUUGACUACUUGCCUUUGCUCUGUUUGAGUAAGAUGGCUUUCAUUUAUGAAUAAAGUAUUCCAAGCAAAACCUUACACCACCAUUAAAGAGAGGGGAAUGUUUUACUUUGUCUGCAGUAUUUUUAGGAGAAUUAUUUUGAUACAUUUACCAUAAAUUAUGUAUUUUAAAAAUACAACACUCUGCUUUUAUAGAUGUACCAUAUUUUAUAUGGUACACAUAUUUCCAUAAUACAUCCACUCACAACUUUUAUUUAUCUAGCUAGAUUGUCAAUAUUAGCUUUUUACACACAUCUCAAAGAUACCUUUUUUAAUGAGUUAAAUGUGCCUGGGCAAUUCUUUUCCCCCUAGUGUUUUAACUUAAGUGAAAUAACACCAAGACUGAGUUUGGCCCAUAUUUUAUAUCAAAGCCAGUCUUAACCACUGUUCCCACUGUGUAGGGUUUUAAAAAAAUUCUUCCUUUUAUCUUUAAAUCUGUUACCACCAACUACUAUUCUUCUGAGGUAAGAUCUUGUCUUUGCAGGUAACUUCUUUUGUCCAGUAUGUCUAAAUUAAAAAAAAACAAACUAAACCCUAGCAAUUCUGAUGGCAGAGCUGAAAGUUUCACAUUCAGCCAGAUAAAAUAUUAUUCCGGUUUAGGGUGACUGCAGGCAGCGAUCACACUUGAAGGUCAGGAAGGUGAAUUGUUGCUGUGUUUUUGGCCCUUCUUGGAAGGUGUAAGUGGAUAUACAAAGAGAAGAGGGGAAUUUGGCCUUAGGGGUAGGAGGAGAAUAUCAUCUAAAAAUAAAGAUGUGGAUGAAAACCAGCAUAUCUUAUUUCAUCAAACCUAAAACCCUGCAGCCUUUACCUUAGGCAAGUGACAGACUUACGGAGAAGCAUUCUUGGCUGGGAUGGUGGAUGUGAAGGUUUUCAAAUCUAGGCACCACUAUCGCCACAGUAAACAAUUACUAGAACAUUUGUCAGGUGAAGACUUGAGCAAGAUGUUUUUGGUGUAUUAGGACUGACAUACUGACCCACAGCUGCAAUAAUAUCAGAAUGUUUAAAAAAAUACCCAAUUGACUUAACAUCGCUAUCAGACAGGUAUAAUACUGUGCAGUUAAGAGACCAUUUUUAAGAAUAAAACAUAGUUUAGAUGUUGGUUUUUUUAUUUACAAUGUAAGUAAGUUAUUAUUGUUAAUUUAUUACUUGCAUUAUUAAGAUGAGGUGGAAUACCGUAUUACUAGAAGAAAAAUAUCAAAACAAAGCAAAUUAUUGAUUAAAGCAAGGAUGUCCUUAAUGGCCAUGUUUUGUUUUAAAGAGUUAGGGUUUUUUAAAUGUUGGAUCUCACAUUUUAUGUAUUUUGUAAAUUAGAAAAAAUGGAAGCCAUAGUAUAGUUUAAGAAUUUUAUUUGAAUUAUAUAAAAUACAUGUAGACAUUGUUUAGCUUGAAUAUGUAAAUAAUUCUAUAGUAAUCCAUUUUAAAUAACUGUUCUAACUAAAACUUUUCUAGACAACUACGCUUAUAUCUAGACGUUACGUUCAUGUCUGUGGGAAAAGUUUCACUUAUGCUCAUCCUAAGACUUAAUCAGCAACUGAUGUUCUGAUGAUAUAAUCGUGUAUAUCUCUGGGCAGUCUGUGCACAUGUGAAACUUAUGUAUGUACUUUUUUGCAGUGCAUUACAAACCUUUAUUUUUUGUAUAUAAAAUACACAGUAGCAGGGUAUAAAGGUUGCUACCAAGUUAUAGUGAAUUCAGUUAGUAACUGUAGAAUGCUCUGCAUAGUUUUGCUGUCUCUGAAUUUCAAUUCUUAGUGUUCACAGGUUUUUUUAAUUGUAUUCUACUGUAUCUAUGUGUUAAUGAUCUAAGUUAAAAUUGUUAUGCCCUCUUUAAAGUGUGAAAAGCUUGGCCUUUGUUCCCAAGAGAUUUUUUUUCAUUCCUCAUUUAGCCUUUGUAAUAAUUUGAGACCCCAAUCCUGCAAAAAUGUAUGCAUAUGUCUAACCUUAAGCACAUGGGUAAUCUCAUUCACUUCAAUGGGACUACUCCCAGGUUUACAGCUAGGCAUGGGCAUAAGUGUUUGUAAGAUUGGGACCUGAGUAUAUUUUAGACUGGAACCUGGUGAACAUUUUAACGUGUAGGAUCAAAUUCUCUGCCUUUAUAAAUGGGUGAAACGGUACUAACACCAGCAGAGAAUUUGUCCAGCACUGCGCAUGUUCUAAUGAUUAAAAUGCAGACCGAUAUUUCCAGCUAACAAUUUGUCCAGAUUCUUCUUCACACCACAUAAUCUAUUUUCAACCACACAAUCUAUUUUUUCAUUUUGUAAGGCAACUUUUUUCUCAGACGAAGUAUAAUUUCACAUUUUUUAAAAAAUUGAGUGGGAUUUUUAAUGAGACUGAUAUUUUUAAAAAAAAAAAAUUUCACCAACAAAAUACAAAAAUGCAGACCUAGCGGCAUGAGUCAUGGUCUGUUUUGUGUGCACACACACACACCCCCUUGUAUUGAUGUCCCCUCUGGCAGAAAAAGAGUGCCAGAGAACAGUUUGGACCAGCUGAUACACUUUACUCUCUCCCUUCGCUGGCUGUUGUGUACUACUUCUGUGAUGUGACUGUUCACAUCUGUUAGCAGUAUUUUAGACCUUAAGAAAAACCAUUGCAAAGCAUGUACAUGAAUUCUUAUAUUAGAGAAAAAAUAAAGAUACCUUUUUUCUCACGA